AUGAAGCCUUUCCCGGACAGACUUUUGUCGCAAAGGGCACAAACAGCAACGCUUCGCCCGCCAACCCCCUCGCACGGCGGCAGCGUGCCCGCCGCCAUGGAGCGGGCCGUGGUGCGGUGCGUGCCGUCAGAGCCCAAGCUGAGCCUCCGGCUCGUGCUCCCCGACGGCAGCGCCAAGCACAUGCAGCGCGACCAGGCGGAGCCGCUGGGCCGGGCGCUGGCCCGCAUCGCCACCAACGCCGCCAAGGGCCGCGCCAAGGCGGCGAAGAAGAGCAAGAAGGCGCGGGCGGAGGGCGGCGCGGCGGAGGAGCCGGCGGCGCCGGUGCCGGCCGUGCGCCUCUUCUCCCGCGACGGGGAGGCGGUGGGCGAGGAGGUGCCCAACGCGGCGGCCUGGCAGGACGGCGCCGUGCUGCACAUCGGCGAGGCGCGGUACCGCGUGGAGCGCAACCCGCCGGCGCUCACGGAGCUGCGGCUGCCGCGCUCGCUGCUCGCCGGCUUCCCCGUGUGCCCCAAGGUGAGCGCCGAGUUCGCCGCGCCGCAGCACUGCCUCUUCCGCUGGUACCGCGAGCAGCGCCCGGCCGCCGGCGCCGAGCCCUGGGUGGAGGCGGCGGCGGCCGAGCGCGUCUUCACGCCGGGCAACGCGCUGGUGGGGCUGCGGCUGAAGCUGCGCUGCACCCCCGGCGACGGCGCGCAGCGCUACGGGCCGCCGCGCGAGGUGGAGAGCAGCGGCCCCGUGGAGGCCGGCCCCGGCGCCUGCACCUUCGACGCGCGGCACCUCUACACGGGCAAGGUGUGCGCCGCCGGCCGCCUGCGCGCCGUCUCCUACAACAUCCUGGCCGACGUGUACGCGCAGACCGAGUUCUCCCGCACCGUGCUCUACCCGUACUGCGCCCCCUACGCCCUGGAGCUCGACUACCGCCAGAACCUGCUCAAGAAGGAGCUGGCGGGCUACAGCGCCGACCUCGUCUGCCUGCAGGAGGUCGACAAGUCCGUCUUCGUCGACAGCCUGGCCCCAGCCCUGGAUGCCUUCGGGCUCGAAGGGCUCUUCAAGAUGAAGGAGAAGCAGCACGAGGGUCUGGCCACUUUCUACCGCCGGGACAAGCUCAGCCUCCUUAGCCAGCACGACAUCGCUUUCAGCGAAGCCCUGCUCUCUGACCCCGUGCACAAGGAGCUGCAGGAGAAGCUGGCCGAGUACCCCGUGGUGCAGGAGAAGGUGCUCCAGAGAUCGUCUGUGCUGCAGGUUUCAGUUCUUCAGUCUGCAACUGAUCCUUCCAGGAAGGUUUGUGUAGCUAACACUCAUCUGUACUGGCAUCCAAAAGGUGGGAACAUCCGUCUUAUCCAAAUUGCUAUAGCCUUAUCUCACAUCAAGCAUGUAGCAUGUGAUUUGUAUCCUAAUAUACCAAUCAUAUUCUGUGGUGAUUUUAAUAGUACGCCAUCAUCUGGGACUUACAGUUUUAUUAACAGUGGUAGUAUUGCUGAAGAUCAUGAAGACUGGGUCUCUAAUGGAGAAGAAGAAAGGUGCAAUAUGCCUUUAAGUCAUCCUUUCAAACUGCAAAGCGCUUGUGGAGAGCCUGCUUAUACAAACUAUGUUGGUGGUUUUCAUGGAUGCCUGGACUACAUUUUCAUUGACAAAAAUGCUCUAGAAGUUGAACAGGUCAUUCCAUUGCCAAGUCAUGAAGAAGUAACAACCCAUCAGGCUUUGCCAAGUGUUUCACAUCCCUCUGAUCAUAUAGCACUAAUAUGUGACUUAAAGUGGAAAUAGCUCAGCAUUUGCAUGGUGCUUUUUUGAGUUUUAAAACAAGAAGUCAAUUUAUAAUUGGGGAACUGAAGUUGUACCUUGGCUACUCAAGAGAAAGUUGGAAUGAUUACUGAAAAGUUUGUGCUUAUUGGUUCUACUGAAUAUUAUCUGACUAUCUGCAUGACAACUCUUCCUUUCCCUUUCUUCUAUAUGCUAAUAGAAAAUACAAAAAUAUUUAAGACAUGGAGCUUUGAAAAUUGGAUUAUCAUAUACCUUUUUUAUAGGUGUUUUUAAAUGUUUAAAAAUUAUUUUGUUAAAAAAGAUAUAUGAAUCUAAUUUAUAAGAGUGUAAAAGCUGAACCCUGUUUAAUUCAGAAUUUGAAAAGAAGUGGCUUUAGUUGAUUCAAAAUCAUUGUAACUACUGUCAUGACAAGCCACAUCUUUUAAAUAAAUUCAGGCAUAUAAAGAGUCUUGUUCAUUUACUGUAUCUAGAUUUUUAGUAAGUGGCAUGAUCCAUCUAUAUUUACCUACUACCUUCUGAAAAGAUACUCUUUAAUUAUCAGUGAAUAGACUUGUUCAACAAAACCAAACACAUUAUAAUCUUGAAAUGAUGUGGAUUUGGAUAUGUUUUUCUUGCCCACUUAAUAUACUUCAGGGUAUAUUAGGGUAUAUUUAGCAUUGGUUAAAACCAGAUUGCCAGUGCAAGCUACAUCUGCCUCGAGCAUCUGUUCCUGCUGUUGUCUAGUCAUUACCUGUAUAAGACAUCCAAAGUUUGGGACAGCUUCCAAACUCUAGGUGGGAGGGAGCUCUUUAACAAUUUACAAUUUGAGUUUAACUAUUCUGCCCUCCCCCUGCUGAAAACAGAUCAUUAAUGUGAUGUGGUAGCUACCGUUCCUAAAUCUUUAAAAAGAAAUACAAGUGACUUGCAGACCUUUAUCGAAGUUGCUCUAUUCUGUUCCUCUGUGUUGUACAAAAAAGGCCUGAACUUCUAGUAGUUAUUUUUGUUGUAGUUAUUCCUCCUAGAAAUUGUCUAGUCUUUAUGUUGUAAAAGAUAUUUGGAUAUUGGGAAAUGUAUACUAUCCAUACCUUCUCUUAAUGUGUGGGAGGGGUAUGAAUCAGUAAUAAGCAUCUUCUACAUCGUUAGUCCAUGUGCAGCUAAUACAGUGUUUGAAAACAAAGUUUUGCUAGAUCUUCCUCUUUCACCUAAUAAACUUCCCCUUUCAAUUUUC